AUGCAGCGGCUUUGUUCUCUAGUCUUCCGCCAGCUGCCCCGUUUGCAGUCCUUCAAUAAGCAGCCGUGGCUCCAGCGGACAGCUUCACAACGGCAAGACCCCACCAAAAUCCGCGGCGACACAAGACCCCGAAUCGCACGACCGCCGCCACCGGCCACCCGCCCCUCCACGUCUGUCCAUUUAUCACGAGCCGACAUCAUAUCCCGUGCCAACCUCGUCGCCUCCUCGCCUCCGCUCAGUCAUCGACCUCUUCCAACUCAAUCAGCCAUUCGUCUUUCAAAUCCUCUCACUGGCGCACCGCUUUUCCGCGUAGGCGCAGGCCUACCUACCACCCCUCCUCCCCUUACGAAAGCUUCCCACUCAACGAUGCUCUCCUACAUUCUCAUUCAGAACCGACAGGGCAAGACCCGUCUCGCCAAAUGGUACGCCCCCUUCAGCGACGAGGAAAAGAUAAAGGUCAAGGGCGAGGUCCACCGCCUCGUCGCGCCGCGCGACCAAAAGUAUCAGUCCAACUUUGUCGAGUUUCGCAACCACAAAAUCGUCUACCGCCGCUACGCUGGCCUCUUCUUCUGCGUCUGUGUCGACACAAACGACAACGAACUCGCCUACCUUGAGGCUAUCCAUUUCUUCGUCGAGGUCCUCGACGCCUUCUUCGGCAAUGUCUCCGAGCUCGAUCUCGUCUUCAACUUUUACAAAGUCUAUGCCAUUCUCGACGAGGUCUUCCUGGCCGGCGAGAUAGAGGAGACGAGUAAGCAAGCCGUUUUGACCAGGCUCGAGCAUUUAGACAAACUGGAAUAA